UCAGAUGCCCCUCCUCAGUGAGAGUAACAUUCAAUUAUUCUCUCAGAAUCUUGAUUACACUGUAGGAUAAUGAAUUAGAUUAGAGACUUCAUCCAUGUGAUACUGAGCUAACAUUGCCAUGUUCCCUCCCUUCCUCCCUCCCUUCAGUCGUUUUGCAUUGUACCUAGUUAGCACAGUGAUUUGAGUAUUACUCAGAACACUUCUAUUGCUCUACAGUUGAGUAUGAUGCUGUACUUUUUAAGCCUUGGUGAAGUGAAACUGAAAUUGCUCAGCAUUAAGGUUGGGACUGGAAACUAUACUGGAGAUCAGGUGCUUAUCUGAAUGAACUGUGUGUGACCCACUCUGUAAGUCUCAUGUAAGGGAUCAUGUGAGAUGUCUAAUACUACUCUUCUUGGAUGAGCAUACCUGAAGAAAAGUCUAUGUGAAGCUGUAAGGGUGCUUUUUGAUCCAAAACUACCAGGCAUUUGAUCUCCCAGCAAGGAGAUGGCUUCAAAUGAAAGAGAGAUUGUGGUGUGGGUUUGCCAGGAAGAGAAGAUUGUAUGUGGCCUGACAAAACGCACAACUUGUGCAGAAGUGAUUCAAGCACUACUUGAGGAACAUCAAGCAACAUUUGGAGAGAAAAAGGUCCUCUUUGGAAAACCUAGUGAUUAUUGUAUUGUAGAAAAAUGGAGAGGCUCUGAGCGAGUCCUUCCUCCAUUGACAAAGAUUCUGAGACUUUGGAAGGCCUGGGGGGAAGAGCAGCCCAAUUUGCACUUUGUGUUGGUAAAGUCUGAUGCUUUCCUCUCAUUUCCAUUGUGGAAAACAGCUGAAGCUAAGGUAGUACAAAAUGUAGAAAAGCAGUGGGAACUCAGCCCAGCCAAUUACAUGAAGAUGUUGCCAAUAGACAAGCAAAAGAAAAUUGUCAGGAAGACUUUCCGGAAACUGGCCAAACUUAAACAGGACAGCGUUCAGCAAGACAGAGAUAAUAUGGAGACACUGAUUCAUCUGAUCAUAUCUCAAGAUCAUACCAUUCAUCAGCAAGUCCUUAGAAUGAAGGAACUAGAUAUGGAAAUUGAAAAAUGUGAAGCACAAUUCCAUUUAGACCGUGUAGCCAAUGAUGGAGAAAAUUAUGUGCAGGACUCCUAUUUAAUGAUCAAUCCAAGUGAGGCUGAGCAGCAAGGGAGUAGGCCAGAUGAUCAAAAAGAGAUGCACGAAUAUUUCAGCAAAAGUGAGGGAAUUUUACAGGUCGAAGAGAGACUGAAACAUCACAAACAAUUAAUAGAGAAGCUGUGUGCUGAAAUUGAAAAAGAAGUAUAUGGUAUAUGUUCAGAAAAAAAAGGAGAUGAUAUUCGCACAGAAGGAGCUUCUAAUGCUCAAGUAGAAAACUCAAAUUUGGAAAGUGUAAAGUAUGAGCUGGAAAAAAGUAUGAAAGAUGGUCUGAGAAUCAAUUCAUACCUGAGCUGCAUUCAGAAAGAGCUUACCUACAGGGACUCAUUGCUUCAAAAGAAGGAAAAAGAGUAUGAACUUCUUACAGAAGAAUUUAAUUUACUACAUAUUAAAGACAACAUCGAAACUAGGCUUCCAUUGAAUGAAGAGCCACCCAAGGGCAGUGGCAACUCCAGUAACAGCAUUGCAGUUCCUGACUUUGUUCACAGAGUGACUAAUCUGGACAUAAAUGAUACAGACUCUGACACUGGAAUCAGCUCUACACACAGUCAGGACUCUGAAAUAACUUCUGGGGACAUGGUACUGUUAUCAACAUAGUUGAAAACAGUCAUGCAUUUUUGAAAAGUUAUAUUUUGAGGGAUACAUAGAAGAAUAGGUAGACUUUAUUGUCUUGAGAGUUCAGCCUCUUAAGAUGUUACAACUGUGGCACCGCUCUAGCAAAGUAAACAGCGUCUAUGUGCUUAAAAGUAUAUUUGUGGUUAAAUGCACAGGCAGUCUCAUGGGUUCACUGCUAACAGGUGCAAAGUUGUUGGCUUUGCUAAAUCAGGACAUACUGUUUAGACCUUGUAAUAUUGAUACUCAGUGAAACAGCAGCAUUCUGACUAGCUUGAACCAAACGCCUGGAGUUUUGAUAUCCCACAACCUUUGAUUUCACAUCUACAUCUCCCUAACUAUUAAGGAAUGUGAAUUAGAGAUUAGACCCAACUAAAUGGAGAGAUUGAUUUUCUACUCUGUUACAUAAGCUUUAUUCAGCUGGAAUUUCCCUGGCAUAUAAUAUAAUCAAGCAUGUAGUCUGUUAAAAAUUAGUUUUUAUGAUGCUGUAAGACAAAAAAAUGCAAUUGUAUUUAUGCUAUAUAUUUAAACUUAGUGCUGAGUUAACAGGAUGGUAGGUUCAAAACCACCUAUGUCCCAAUUUAAAAAUGACCUUACACACAUAGGUAGUUAAUUUCCAUUGUCUUUCAGCACGUCUAACUGCUACUAAGAUCUUUAAAACUCCUGCUCCUCUGCUGUUACCCUGCAGUUGCCAUGGUGAUGCUAUAUGGGCAUAUAGUUUUGCCAGCGGGCAUGUCAGAACUGCCUACCUCCUGUUUCUGUGAGCUGAUCAAAUCCCAAGCUCACACCUAGCCCCAGGGGCAUUUUCAGGAAGGCUUUCUUCUGCUUAUCUCACCAGUAAGAUCCAAUGUCUUGGGCCUCCUCAAAUCAUGACUACCAAAUCAAACAUAAACCGAGAGACAGACAGGGGCCAGACAUUUUUGGCUCUGGCUACUGGUUCCCAAGAGCCAGGUAGUUACUCUUCUCAAACAGCAGAUAGGUUGUCCAAUCCUGUCCAGUACUGAUUUGGAGCAGCAAUACGGCCCUUAUGUUAUCUCCUUGGUGAGAACUUUAGGAUACAACUAAAACUGUUCCAAUUUAAAUAUUGGGCCAUGAGGGAGGGAGAGGAGAGUGUCAAAUUAUUUCACUUAGGAAGUAGUCAUUAAGAUCACUUGUAAAUUCAGAAUUGAAGUAUAUGUCUCCCCAGUUACCGAACAAGAUUUCUAACUCUGAGCUAGAGACUUUGCUAACAGAGAGAACAUGAAUAAUUUCUGGGUUGCACACUGAGGGUUGCCAUGUUUCUAUUUUGCAGAUCAAUCUGUUUAAGGCUCUUGAAAACAUAAUGUAAAUCUAAUUAAAUGAAUUGAAUGGAGAAAGAGUUACAGCAUUUCUAAAUGAAGUUUAGCUCCAACAAAGUUCAAACAGAUACUGGAAUUAAAAGCCUUCAAAGUAAAUGAAAGGACAAUACCUAGAUGGAAUAAAUAUACUUUCAAGAGCACUGUUUUCCUUUCCUAUAUUUUUCUUCUCUUAAAUGUCUGUCAACCAUCUGUAUUCUAAAAUGACGGAAGUGCUAGGACUGCUGAUUAACACAUAUUGGAUACAGGAAAAAAAAAAGUCUUUAAAAGUCAGUUUUCAUGUUUCUUUUUUAAAAAAAAGAUUUUUGAAUCCUGGAUAUUAUAGAGUUUUUAUUCCAGGAAUAUGUGCUAGUUACCUUAAUAUAUUUUGUGUUGUGUUUUUAUCAUACAAUGUUAUUUGAAUACUUCAGUAAUAAUAUGUCAUACGUAGACUCAUCAGCUCCUGAUGGAAAUAUAUCAAAUAUCUCUGUAAUAAUUUAUUAACGCAAGUCAGCAUCUUUUGAAAUCUGUGGUAUUGCUCUGACAGGUAGAAAGUGCAGAGCUCUGAACGUUGAGAGUAGGCUAAUGUAUUCUCUGAGUUCUUGUGAAUGUAGGUAAUAGUUAUUUCUACUGAGUCUUUUUUUUUUUUUUUUUUUUUUUUUUUUAAUAAAUACUUAGGGGAUAAAAAUUCAAGCAGAAUAAUAUUCAUACCUAUGCAGGCCAGUACAAGACCUGUGUGGGAAAUAAUUUCCACUCACACUCUAUCAGAGUUAGUUUACGCAUAGGAACUUGUACUGGUUUUUGGAUGUGAUCUUUAUCCACAAUAUGUGCUUGAUUGUACAUCCCCUGCGACAUGUAGAUCUUAAGAGUAUUAUUGUGUUUUAAAAGAAAAUAGGAAAAAUAGGUUGAGAGAGUAUUUCUUAAUAAAAUAAAAUAACACAAUUCACAAUGUUUUGAAGCUUAUAAUUUGAUAUUUCAUAAAAACUUAUUUCUUUCUGAAUUUAAAUGAAUGUACAGGAUAAUGAAAUACUGUAUGCACUCUUUGCUAUUUAUCUGCUUAUACGCUUUUCAUGCACUCGUUUAACCUGUUUUUAGGUUGUUAAUAGUAGAAUUUAUCAUCCUUUAUGCUCCUUACUUAACCAUUUUUACUUUGCCUUAACUGUCUACAUUUUUUUUUUUAAUUAUUCCCAGAAGGAAAUGCAAACCCAAAUAUUUUGUCUCAUUUUCUGACAUUCUUUUAAGCCAAUUCUCUUUCCGUCUUAACAUUUGAGGUUUAUUUUAUAAAAAAAUUCCACGGAGUAUGUUAUACUUAUGGACAAAGUUCAAAAAAAGUCUUACAUAAGAGGAAAUAAAAAUUCUACCCAGGGAGAGAAAACAGGAAACAUCAAAGUGUAAUGAAAGGAAAUUCAGUACUUUACACUCAUCUGUACAAUGGGGUUUUGAAAGAAAAAUAAAUAUUUAUUUCAGAGUGAGAGGAAUAAAAAAGUGAGUAGGGUCAGACUCAGCCUGAUUGUUUUGGGGUGGGAUAGGUUAGUUUCUGAUAUGAAUCUAGGCAGAUAUCUUCAGUGACUGUCAUCUGAGCUAACAAUACUGAAAUGAAACAGUACUGACACUUGGCUAAUACAAAGUGCACUGGCUCCUACAUACCUAAAUAGUAACACAUAUAUAUUUGUAACCAAUAUAACUAUGAAAAUUUCCGUGGAACAAAGUAUAUACCCCAAUCUCGUGUUUCUGCACAACUUACUAUAUACUUUUACAAAUUUGAUGAAAGCAAAUGAGUCAAUUUAAUUACCUACUUAAGUUCCUUGAUGAUGACUCUUUCAUUUACAAGGCAAAUAUAAAAUACAAUUAUCAUUUUAUUAUACAUAAAUUUACAGUAUUUAAUAUCCACUUAUAUGCUUAAAAAUUACAGUGUUAUUUUAUUUUUUCCCCUGGAAAACUGAGCAAUCCCCAAGAAAUUCUAUUACUUCAGACUAAUAGAUAAUAUCUUUAUCUUCAGAUUGUACAUUCAGGGAUUCUUCUACCGGCUGCCUUAUGUUCCAUAUAUACAUACAGAUUGCUGACAAAGGAUAUUCUAUUAUAUGAUACUGACAGAUUGAAGCUCUCAUGUCUGUGAAUUUCAACUUGCAGCUUUAGGCUGCUAAGAUUAAUAGGCUUUUCAUUUCUCUACAUGCCCAGAAUCAUCAUUUGUUAGUUUUUGCAUAUUUCCAACUGUGCAAAGACAUAAACAGACGUAACAAAUCAUUAUUACAAAAUCAUAUCAUUUCUACUUCUGAUUGCCUAAUUGUGUUCAUUGCUUUGGAGAGACAAAAAUCUAGAUUUAUGAACCUAAUUCAGCAAUGUACUGAUGUAUUUAGCUUUAAGCAAAUAGUAACUUGAAUUAUUUUGUGUGAUGCAUGUUGUAAUUUCUUUAGUAAGUGAGCAUUCCUUGCUAACUUUUUAAUAUUCUCAACUGUUCAUUCUGUUUAAAUAUACAUAUAUUUUUUUUCCAUUUUCAUCUCAUUAAACUUUUUUUUUUUAAUAAAAUAUCUUUUCUAAUGAUAAAUAUGUUCAUUAAUAGUGCAAGUGGUACAUGCACAUAAGAACACAAGUCUCUAAUCCAAAGGACUUUUUUCUAAACCUACCUUAGACCAUCUUUUCUGGUCUUGCAAGUUAAGUAAGCUUGCAGUUGCAUGCUCAGCGUGAUUAUAUGCAUGAUAUUUUCUUUUCCUAGAGCUGUGGUGUUUAUCCUUCUGGGUAUUUUACUACAGUAUUUCAAAAGCAUCUAAAUUAUUUGACAUUUUAUAAAAUCUGAAAUGUGUUCAAAUGAAUGUAGUUUAUUUUUUAAGAUUCUAUUUUGUUUGUGAUACAACAUUUCGUAAAAUGUAAUAAUCUCAUUCCAAAGUUAUUUUGUUGUCAUUUUUAAAAUUUUUUUAUUUUAACAAGAAACCCAGAGUAUGUUACACUAUAACAAAGUCUUAUAGUCCAUUCUCAAACAGAACUUUCCAUGACUGAAAUGAUUGUCUUACAAAGAAUGGUUUGCUGGGAUAGAAAAUACACACAGAAGUAGUUUCUUUCUAAUACUUAACAGAGUAUAAUAUUUCAUUUAUAUGCCCUACAUCAAACAGAGAUUUUCAGAGAGAUGCUUGCAGACUGAAUUUCUGGAAUCAAAUUCACGGCUGCCUUUCAUGUCCAAUAGAUCAGGUCCAACUGGAAUCCAGUCACUCUUUUUUUUUUUUUUUUUUUUUUCAUGAGAGCUCUUUGUAAUGUUUUACUAGCCUUCAGGUUUCAUCUAGGAAACAUUUCUAAGUAGUUAGGUUUCAGCAGUAUUUUGCUUUUUCUGAAUUAUGAAUUAAGUGCUUACAUUUUAUGAUACAUUUGUUUAUCAGAAAAAAAAAUAAAUCUCAAACUUCAAAUCUGAUUAGUAUUCAUACUAGUUUUCUAUCUUAUUCGACUGGAAUUUGAAGUUUUUCAUAUCAGUGAUUCAUUCAUAAACCAAAUUAUCAUUCCAUUUUCAAAACCAUUUACUGUAAGAAUGACGGAAACUCUUGACUGUGCUAGCUUUGUCAGCUGAAUCCCCGGUAAAGGUGGGAAAUGUAGUCUUUCUACAUGUAAUGCAGGUUUUGGCUUAUGCAAUAACUGUAUGCAUAUUUUGCUUGACUAGCCUGUUGGUUUAAUUCAUGUAAAUAUUUGAAAACUUAAUUUGUGAUCUUCAGUCCAUUCAUUGGCAAGCAUUUUUCAGGAAAUAAUAUUUUUUUGGGGGGGGAGAGGGAGAUUACUUUGUUAAGAAUAACUCUUGUUAGGAUCCAGUUAAGAAAGAAUAAAGGCAAAAAGCCCAGUUGGUACAAAAGGUUUGCUGGCAGCCAGAAGCUCCAUUUGAUCCUAUGAAGGUUGGAGGGAGCUUAUAAUAUUAACUGAAGAAAGUCAAGCAGUGACUUCAAUUAUUUUCUAUGAUUUUUUUUUUUUUUCAUUCCACAAUGCAUACAAGUAGAAGAGUACAUAAGGGCAUCUGAGCACUUUACCAGUGCAGUCCUGAGAAUAAUAUGUCAGUAACUCUUACAGAUUAUAGGGAAAAGGAGUUAUUUGCAUGAGAAAGUAGUUAGGCAUAAUAUUAGACAGGGACCUUUUGAUUUAGAGAGCUUUUGUCACUCAUGACCUACAAGUAGUACAUACUCCUUUUGUAUUAGACUCUAGUGACAAAAUAUAUAUAUAUGUAUAUAUAUAUGUAUAUGCAGCGUUCACUGUAAUUUAAAUUCUUUUGCAGGUUGUCACAGACUAUGUGAACAUAAAGCUUGUUUUGCCGUUUUCCCCAUUUCUGAUUCCACUCAUCUUCAUACUUUACCUAAAUAUCAGUCUUAUCUUUUUUGCAGCUCUGUGCAAUUUCCAUUAUGUUCAUAUCUGUACUUUUUUUUUUUUUUUUGAGUUAUUCAGUUGGUUAGAUCAGAUUUUUUUAGAAUUUUUCCAACAUAAAAUAUCGUGCUUUUAUUUUAUGUUCAUUCUUAUUUUGCAUCAGAUCUGCUUUAUUUCUGACUUCUGAGUGCAUGUAUUUGUUUUAAACUGCAGAUUAAGUAGCUACACUGCAGUUACUUCAUAUUUUAUUUUGCUCAAAUAGUCAUAAAACAGGUAUAUAGACUUUCUUGGAGAGGAGGUUAAAUCCUAGUUCACCAAGUCUUUUAGUAUAAUAGUUUGCAUACAGUAAAUUGCCCUUACCUUCACUCUGCUUUAUGUAUAAAAAAGUUUAAGUGGAUCAGAAGGUGCUUUUAUGUAACAUAAGUCUUAAUUGAAGUAUUUCUUAAAUUAUUUAUAGUUGCACCGAAUUCUGCCAACAAAAUUAUGAACUGGUGCUAUUUCUUUUCUGGUCUUUUCAUGUCAAAAAGAGCCAGCUCAAUCAUAAACCCAGGGCUGUACUGCACAGUCACACAUUUCUAGAACAGUAGAUUAGCAAUACAUGGAUUUGCUAAUGUUCACUAAACUGUUCAAUAUGUGUAAAGGUGAGAGCUUGAAAUAGUCAUGAAGCUGUUACUGAUGAUGACCCCAAGAAGCAGAACUUUCCUUGUAACAUUGACCAUUUUGAGGGCUGCAUAUUUUUGCCAUCUGGAUUAUUAUUUUACUAUGCAAACAAUUUUGUUCUGUAAAUUCGAACACUCCCUUUCAUUGGGAGGACUUUGUAUUAACAAGCAGCUAUUCAGUUGUUUUUCAUUUCUUAACAAAAGUCCGGUGAUAUAAAUAAAUUUUAGCUCAAGUGUUUUGAAGAAAAAUUGUACAAUUCUUUUCUAUAAAGAUUAACCACUUUUAUAUCAUUGCUGUUUUCAGCAUUCUUUUCCAAGACAUAUUUCGUGUAUUUGGUUUCAAUGUCUAAAAUUACAGGCCAAGAGUGUUCGUAGUUAAGUCAAUAUUUGAGCUAGGCAACAUAGGCAUUUAGGGAAAGGCCAAGUCCUGUGCUUGUGUAACUGUUUCAUUGCUGUAAAAUUCCAUGAGCUUCAGGGAAGAGAGAUUGCUUAUAUAUGACUAUGGAGGGGAAGCAAAGCCAUUUCACAGCUUCUGCUGUAAGAUGAGUGUUCUUCAACAAUACCUUGGUGAGGAUGGCAAGAGAAUGUGUUAUGAAAUGUAAUCUUCUGAUAAUCUAACUUCUUGAGUUUUGUGGUUACAUGGGACUCUCUACUUUCAGGAGUGAGGAAGGGAAUAAAUUUAUUGAUUUUGCAGAACUGCCUGAAAAAAGACACCCCCCCCCCCUUUUUUUUUUUUUUUCAAACAUGAAAAGCUAGUUCAGAACCAAUAACUUUUUAUGAUCUUUAAGCUAAUGUCAUGGUGAAGAGGUCUUGUUAAAGUCUUUUAGUUAUUGGGUUGGUAAUGCUGUAGUUUUAAAUCAUGGAUUGGCCUCAAAAAACUCUUCACAUCUGAAUUUACUGAAUGACAACAGAACUGCAGAGUAGUAUGCAAGAAAUGUGUCCAUCAAGUAAGUAGAUUAAUACCCUUAUAUUCCUUAUUUUCUGCAUAAAAGUAAAACAUUUUGUUCUGAUUCCCAGCUAAUUUUCCAUUUUUUUAACAGUCUACAUUACUUCCUUUUUUUUAGUGAUAGUGUAGUUUUUUAUAGUUUUGUUUCAUUUUGUUCUGUUUUGGUUUUAGGCUAUGACACUCCCCAAGUAGCAUUUUGACUCUCAAUCAGCGCAAACAGCUAUAGACACAGAUUCAGUUUAUUAAUGCAGCUACUACAGUACUGAGACAGAUUUUUUAUCAAUACUUUUAGAAAUGGAUUUAUGAAAAAUGCAUGAUUUUAUGAAUUACAGAAAAGAUUGUCACUGAGAAUGGAAAACCACCAACUAAUAAAGAGUAUAGGGAAACUUCAUCUGUAGGAUUUUAUUUUUAUUUUAUUUUAUUAUUUUGUGGGAGAGGUUGCUAUUUUAUUUUUUUACACACCAAAGUAUUGAAAUGUACUGAAAAUGGGCUUGUUAUGACUCACGCAUUUGUAUGUGUCUUUCUCCCAUUUCAAGUUUCCUUGCUACAGCACUAAUAUUUCUGGCAUUUAAUGUGCUGAGACUCUCCUACUCCAUGAUCCCAUGUGCCUAAUGCUGUCAAGGCAGACUUAGAUAUGACCAGUUGCAUCUGGUAGUUGAGGUCCCAGUGUGAGUUUUGCAGAGGUGGGUAGUUUAUGCUUGGCAGAUGCUUAGCUCACAAGGCAGAUAAUCAUGAAUCUCAGAAUGAACUGUGCUGUCAUAAUUUUUCUCCUAACACAUACUCUUAUAUGAGUAGGAAACAACAUCAACACACAAUUGGCUGUUACAUCACAGACAUAUUAGAUAAUUUCUGCCUUAUUUUUUUCUGUGUCCUGGGACAGUUUUUGAGAGGUCUGAGAAAUGGAUGAAUUUAAGUGUGGUUUACCAUGAAAUUGGAUAAAAGUAAAGUAAGAGUUGAAGUGGAGCCAACCAUUGAAAACAAAACAAAACAACAACAACAACAAAACACACAAAUUUAUAAAAGCCAGCAGAGCAAAGGCGUACACACAGAUAUAACGUAGAAUAUUUUGUCCCUUGUUGUGGGUGUGACAAAAUCUUAGGCCAUAGUCAUCCAUAUCAUAUGACAACCCCAGAUUUGUUUCUGGUUGAAAAUAAAAAUUAGAAACACCUGUUAUGCAGUGAUAGUAAUCAUCCAUUGCCAAGGAGAAGGAAACUCAUCAUCUCCAGGACUCCUUAAAUUGAGACAGGAUGUUUUUAUGCUCUAGUAAAGUACAAAUUAUUGAGCUUGACAGCAUUCACUUACAUAGGAGGGGAAAAUGAUAUGUUCCACUACAAGAAUUAUUGGCGGUUUUUUAUGACCUGUGUUAGGCAAAGACCAAACCAGAUUAUCAUUAUGUCUUAAAAUAGGCCCUUAAAAUUUACAGCUUCUCAGAAAAAAAUAUAUAUACAAAUUAAAUAUAUAUAUAUAUAUCAAAAAAUGAUGAAGAGAAAGAGGAGGCCUGAAACAAUGGCCUAAAAUAUUUUCCUUGUAAUAAAAGUACCACUGUUUCCAGAACUGGCAAAUCUACUUGUUCUGGAAUUUUUAUGUCCCUGGACUUUGUAUAUAUUUCAGCCUAACUGAAAACUUCUUACACACACACACAGGAAACUGAAAAAGAGCCACCCCCACCACACCUGAAAACAAACAAACAAACAAAACUACAUCAAAACAAAACAAAAAACAACCCACAAGCUGGGAGUUCUUUACUGCUUUCCCAUCUGGCAGUUAAAAGAAGUAUUGCCUACACUCCUACACAAUGUACAUCUCUGAUGUCAAGACAUGCAGAGAUUCAACUGUCAGCACAAUGACAAACAGUCAAAGAAACAGUCUCUUACAAGUGAGAAACUAGGUUUAUAAUGACUGAGUCAUUCAAAGUUGUGAAACUUCUGUCAGAGCCAGGAAAUAAACAAAAUUAGGUUUUGGAUCUAUCUAGAUAGCAAUGUUACAGCUUUCCUUCCUAUCUAGAUUCUCCCAUCCUGGAACACUUUACCUUUGUAAGAGAAGCAGGAAGGUUCUGAGGAGCUAGUCUAAAUCUGCACACAGUAAAUCAUUCCUACUUCCUCUUGCUGAAAUUGUAAUACUACCACAGGGCUAAAAGGGUCAAAAUGCUGUGUGUGUGACAUCUGACAAACGGUGAGAAGAAGAUGGGGAAAAUGGAUGAAUGCAAAGGGAAGAUAAAUAACCAUAUUAAACAAAACAAAACAAAACAAAA